AUGACAGGAGGUGAUGGUAGGAGUCAAGGGGGGGGGUCUAAGAAGAAGAAAGGGGGGGGUGUUAGGAGUAGGAGUAGGAGUAGGAGCGGGGUUGGAACGGACUCUGAUAGGAGUGCUGUUCGGAAGGAUGUGGCUGGGCCCUCGGUGAGUCGAGUGACAGUCAGUGGGGGGAUUACCCUUGGCGAGAUCCUUGGUGAGGAUUGGGCGAUGCCCUCAGCGUCGGUCUCGGUGUCGGAGUCGGAACAUCUGACUCGUAAACGCCUUUACUCGGAGCGUUCCGGCUCCGAUACUGAAGGUACGGAUGUCCUGUCUGGCAGGGCAAAGAAGGUGCCAACUGCUAGGCGUGGCAGAGGGACGGGCAAGCUGUUGACAGCUGCUCGGCAGGCCCUUACCCCGAAGGAGGCACAAAAGGCUGAGAACUUCGUUUCUUCCUUAGAGAAGCAGUCCUUCCGGAAGUCUCCGGUGAAGGAUGUUGCGAGCGAAAGGCCGGGUCCUUUGGACCUUGAUGUCGACCAGAUGGCGGCUGACGACUUGAUGUCUGCAGCUGUUGGUGGUCUCGACGACAUUCUUUACAUUGCUAGCAGAUCCACCAAUCUUAAAGGUGGAUAUGCUAGCCAGAUUCGUCGAGCCACUGGCGUCAUCAGGUCUGUUUUAGAGACGCUGGCGACGAGGACAGAGGUGGAGGAGACACGUCGUCUCCGGGCAGACAACAAUCGGCUGCAAAGGGAGGUGGCUAAUUUGAAAGAGGAGGUGCGCGCUUACCGCCGCGACUUUGAGGAGACAAGGAAGGCGGCAGCUCAGCGUAACCCUACGCUGAGUGAUGAACAGUUGAGCUCUCUUGAGGGCAGCAUAGCCCGAAUGGUCGGCAAUAUGAUUGACGGCCGGCUUGCUGCCAUCAAGGACAGGCUGCCGCCUCCUCCGGUUCUUCGCCCGCCGCUGGCGGCGGAUCGCAAGAGAGCGGAGCGUGAGGCUGCUUGUGCCUCUGCGGUAUCGGUGCCAGUGGUGAGGGAGAAGUCACCAAUAUUUAAAACGCCGAGGGCCCCCGUGCAAUCGGCCCCAGUGGUGAUGGCUCCAGGGGAACGGGAGGAAUUUCCUUCGCUUCCAGUCCGCCCCGAGACGCGCCCUGCCCCAGCCAAGGCCCCCACCGAGAAGGGAAAAGGCAAGGGCAAAGGCAAAAGGACUAAGGAGACAGAAUGGACCAGUUUUGGUCCUUCUGUCUCCAAAGGACCUUCACAAAGUGGAGGGAGUGCUGCGGAGAUAGCCCGGCGACCUCCGUCACAGCAAGGGCUGGUAGUGGCUGCACUGCAGCCGCAGUCGGAGUCGGCUGAAGGGUGGUCAGAGGUCGUCCGCCGCAAGGGGGCGAACAAGAAGUCCAAGCCAAAGACCAAAAAGGCACCGAAAAGUGCUCCUAAGGGCAAGAAGUUGACGCUCCCGAAAUCCGAGGCAAUAAUUGUAAAAUUACGCCCGGAGGCUCAAAAUUCGGGAGUGUCAUAUUGUGAGGCUCUCACAAAGGCCAGGUUGGAGGUUGAUCCGCAAGAGUUUGGUCUGGGACCAUUGAGGGUCAGGAACUCAGCGACUGGGGCUCGCUUGAUCGAGGUUCCUGGUAGGGCGAGUCGUGACAAGGCGGAUCAGCUGGCCAACAAGCUAGCCUCUGUUCUGUCGGAGGUGGCGGAAGUUACCAGACCCGUCCUGACUACCACCUUUAAAUUGACAGGUCUGGAUGACACAGCCAACGCUGCCAAUAUUAAGGCGGCAGUGGCGAAAGAGGGUGGCUGCGACCCUGAGCGGGUUUGGGUGGGGGACAUUUUCCGCAGUCCUCGCGGAAUUGGAUUCGCGAGGAUGUCGUGCCCGAUCGUCGCGGGUAAGGAACUGCUGCGCAAGGGUGGUUUCUGCGUUGGUUGGAGCCGUGUCAGGGUCGAGCAUGAGGGCAUGCGACCCAGGCACUGCUUCAGAUGCUUUGAGAUGGGGCACUCCUCCAUCAUGUGCCCCUCAAAGACGGACCGCAGCGAGCUUUGUCGCCGCUGCAGUAAGCCGGGACAUAAAGUAAACACCUGCACAUCGGAGCCUCAUUGUGCUGCAUGUGCAGAUGCCGGCCGUAAGUCAGACCACGUGAUGGCGGGGAAGGCGUGUAACCCCCCAUCCACCCGUGGUAAAGCUCUCCCCCCAAGACCGUCGGGAAGAGAGAAGGAGACGCCUGAGGCCGAGAUGUCAGAGUAA